AUGCAACACCCAAAUGGCGCUGGUUCCUCCCACUCAUCUCGAUACGAUAAAGUGUUAUGGAAUACUGAAAUGGAACGCGUGUUCAUUGAGUUAAUGCACGAGGAGUUCAUCACACACCGACUCCAAUCAUCCACAUUUUCACCGUCAGUCUGGGCUCGUGUAACCGAGCGAAUGAACUCGAUUAUGAGUCAGGGUUGUCUUCUUACGACGGUACAGCUUAAGGGCAAACUUAACAGGCUACGUCAUGCUUGGCGUUUGUUAAACGAAAUUUUGAAUAGGGGGACUGGGUGGGGAUGGGAUUCAGAAAGGAAUACCAUGACAGACGAUGCAGGACGCUUGGAGGAGCUGUAUCGGAACACCGCAACUGGUGGGCUCGCGCGUUCGUCAUCACAACAAUGUCAAACAAUCCACAGCACCAACCACAUAGACGAUGAACAGAUGGAUGGCACUCAAUCGGGCAGCCAUCAUUCACGAGAUGAGUACGAAGAUACAACAUUCUCUCAAUCUGUUCCCAUGACGUCCCCAGAUAAAUACUUUUCUUCCCCGGGACCAUCGCAGGCUUCCGCUGGUCCAUCUGGAAGCGGGCGCCGGUUCUGA